AUGAGUGAUUUCAGCGAAGACUUGCUGAGGCCCACGAAGGAGGAUGACCCAGCGGAAAGGAGUGUUCGCUCUUGUUCAGGAAUGCGUCUCCCUUGGCUCCAGAAGCACGUGGAAAGUGUGCUGACCCGAGGGAAAAAGGAGAAGGAUUUUGCUCAGACCACAAGUGCCUGUUUAAGUUUCAUCCAAGAGGCCCUGCUAAAGCACCAGUGGCAGCGAGCAGCCGAGUACAUGCACAGCUACCUCCAGACCCUGGAAGACUCGGACAGCCAAAAGCGGCAGGCCGCGCCCGAGAUGAUUUGGAAACUCGGAAGUGAAAUUCUCUAUUAUCACCCCAAAAGCAGCGUGGAGACUUUCAAUGUCUUUGCGGACAGGAUGAAGAAUAUCGGCGUCAUGAAUUACUUAACGAUCUCCCUGCAACACACGUUAUACCUUCUGCACCACGGGCUGCUGGACGACGCCAACAGGAAUCUGAGCCAGGCGGAGACGUGGAGAUACGGCGAGAAGUCCUCGUCCCAGGAGGCGCUGAUCAACCUCGUCCAGGCCUACAAAGGGCUUUUGCAGUAUUACACCUGGUCUAAGAAGAAGAAGGAAUUGUCCGAGCUUGAUGAGGAUGACUAUGCUUACAGCACAGCCUCUCAGAACAUGUUCAGCCACAGCUGGAAAACGUCCAUCAACUUCUCUGCUCUGAUUCAGACGCCCGGGGUCUGGGACCCUUUCGUGAAGAGUUAUGUAGAGAUGCUGGAAUUCUAUGGGGAUCAAGAUGGGGCCCGAGAGGUCCUCUCUAACUAUGCCUACGACGAAAAGUUCCCGUCUAAUCCCAACGCACACGUCUACUUGUACAACUUUCUAAAGAGAGAGAAGGCGCCACGAGAGAAACUGAUUAGUGUGCUUAAGAUUUUGUAUCAGAUUGUACCAUCUCAUAAGCUGAUGCUAGAAUUCCACAGGUUACUGAGGAAAUCAGACCAAGAAGAGCACCGUAGACUGGGGCUGGAGGUGCUGUUCGGUGUCUUGGAUUUUGCUGGAUGCACCAAAAACCUUCCUGCUUGGCACUGUUUGGCAAAAUAUCUCCGACAGAUCUUAAUGCGAAGCCAUCCUGCCUGGGUUCAGGAGGAGUGGGAUUCCAGGAAAAGCUGGUGGCCAGGCUUUCACUUCAGCUCCUUCUGGGCAAAAAGCGACUGGAAAGAGGAUAGAGCUUUGGCUUACGAGAAAGCGUUCGUAGCCGGGAUAUUGUUAGGAAAAGGUUGUAGAUAUUUUCGGUAUAUUUCAAAACAAGAUCAUCAAGUCUUAAGGAAGAAAUUUAAGCGGAUGAAGAAGUUAGUGAAAAAACACAGUAUUGUAAAUCCCUGA